CUUUGAUUUUGAGAUAAAUGGCCAUUGGAAAAAAUAAUUCAUCAUGUCAACAGUUUUCGUUCAGAUAGGGCAAUGUGGAAAUCAAGUUGGACACGCUUUUUGGAAGAGGAUUAUGAAGGAUGAGGAGGUCAACAAAAGUUCCAGUUUUAUUGCUAAAGAUGGUAAAUUUAGGGCAGUGGUUGUAGACAGUGAACCUAAAGUCAUCAGAAAAAUUACAAAAGGCUUGCCAUUUAGAGAAGAAUCUGUUAUUACUGGCAAAAGAGGAAGAGGCACUAAUUGGGCUUUAGGUUACCAUGGUUUAAAGAGAACUGGCGAUGAUCACUUGCUAGAAGACACGCUGGAGGCUAUACGCAAAGAAAUUGAGAGGUGUGAUUGUUUUAGUGGUAUUAUUAUGUUACACAGUCUGAGUGGUGGAACAGGCUCAGGGUUUGGUUCCAGGCUGGCUGAGAUCCUAAGGGAUCGGUACCCGAUGCAUCAUCUUAUGUCGUGUGUGUUUGCCCCCCAUGCCAGCGGAGAGAGUCCCCUACAACACUACAAUAGUCUGUUAACUCUAGCUACCUUACAAAGGACAACAGACUGUGUGAUACUUACUCAUAAUGAUGAUGUUCUACAUCGUGUUCAGAAGAAGAAAGGGCAAGAAGCUGUCUCAUAUUCUCACCUCAAUGAAGCUAUUGCCAGUCAUUUGUCAGGCAUCUUCUUACCAACUGAGUCGCUCCGGGCUAAAAGUGCAUUUAGUUUAGGAAUGGAACCAUGGGAAAUGUUACGAUCAAUUUGUCCGAUGCCGAACCUGAAGUUUGUACAGAUAGCACAAUACAUGAACAGUAAAAUGUCUUGGUCAGAUUUGCUAAGUAAAGUGUCAGCCACAAUUAGAAGAUAUGACAGCUCUGGAAAUCCUUACAGCAGUUUAGGCAAUAUUUGUGUGGCCAGAGGUGAUACAACCGGAGGGUUCCAAUUACAUAUGGGAGCGCUUGAACCGAAACUGAAACGUGCAUAUAAUUGUGUGGACUGGAAUCCAUUUCCUGUCGACUUCUGGACAGCUAAACCAAACAAUUGUGGAUCUAAGAAUUCAGCUAGUCUGACAGUGGCAUCAAACAGUUCAUCUAUCAAUGAGUAUUUAGAGAAUGUCCUUGAAAGGUCAAAGGUCAUGUUUGAGGCUGGAGCAUAUCUACACUGGUAUUGGAGACAUGGUGCUGAUAAGGAAACAUUUGAAGAUGCUUUUGAGACAAUACAGUUAGUUGUUGACGAUUACAAAACUGCUGUUAAAUGACCUACUGCAUGUGCACAGAUGUUAUAUCAUAUUUAUCUAACUUAUGAUACUUAUCCAAGUACAACAGCUCAGUGCUGUUUGUCAUGCAACUGUUACUGGUUGUUACGUUAGGUCAUAAUGCGAUAUGACCAGCAAUGUGUCAAUAUGCCGUUAAACCUAAAUGUUAGGGCAUUACUGUGAUAUUCAGGGUCAAGAGGUCAUACAACGAAACCCAACAAACAGGUCCCAAAUUAAUAUUUUUAUGAAAGAUUGUUCCAUUUAUUUGUUAUUGUUUUACUUUUUCAUUUAUUUUGUUAU